CAGUGGAGCGCCUGGAAACCGGUCUGAGCAGAGCUGGGGGAUUGAUUCAAAUGGUCGGACUGAGAGAGCUGCAGGGUAUUGUAUUUUGUCUGGUCUGUUUAAAAGCUGAUUUCUGCUAGAAAUUGUCUUUGGAGAAAAGGAUACAAGAACAGAGCAAACCAGCGAAUGAACAGGAGUUGAUCUUGGCAAAGUUUAGCUCAGAGCAGCGAACGAAACGGAAGAGAAAAGGAGUCAAGGAAAGAAAUCGGAGAACUGGUUGUUAAAAAAAGAAACAGCAAAGAAAAGUAUGGCUUGGCAUAAUUGCUUUCAUAAACUUAGUCGGAUGCUAUUGCCGACAUUAUCUUUACUGAUGUUAGGACUUUGUGGUGCUCGUGGACAGUACGGGGACCGCGGACUUUCUGUCCCAGAGCAUGGAUUUUGUCAGCCUAUUUCUAUACCACUUUGCACGGAUAUCGCUUACAACCAGACCAUCAUGCCCAAUUUACUGGGGCAUACGAACCAGGAAGAUGCCGGGCUAGAAGUUCACCAGUUUUACCCGCUCGUAAAAGUUCAGUGUUCCCCAGAUCUGAAGUUUUUCCUGUGCUCUAUGUAUGCACCGGUUUGUACCGUGCUAGAGCAAGCUCUCCCCCCGUGCCGAUCCCUUUGCGAGAGAGCGAGACAGGGCUGCGAGGCACUGAUGAACAAAUUCGGCUUCCAGUGGCCUGAUAGCUUGGCGUGUGAAUCUUUUCCCGUUCACGGAGCUGGCGAGUUGUGCGUGGGACAGAACAAGUCCGAUAAAGGCAGCCCCACUCACAAACCAAACGAAUCCGUACCAGAUGAAAUCAUAACCGAUAAGCACCCCAGGGACCUCUUCACAUGCCCCAAAUUUCUGAAGGUCCCCACGUAUUUGAACUACCACUUUAUGGGGGAGAAAGACUGUGGCGCUCCCUGCGAGCCUUUGAUAUCCAACGGAAUGAUGUACUUCAGUCAGGAAGAGCUCAAGUUUUCCAGGAUUUGGAUUGGGAUUUGGUCUGUUUUGUGUUGUGCUUCCACGUUAUUUACUGUCCUCACCUACUUGGUUGACAUGAAGAGGUUCAGUUACCCCGAGCGCCCCAUCAUUUUCCUCUCUGGCUGUUACACCAUGGUGGCUAUAGCCUACAUUGCUGGAUUUCUCCUGGAGGAUAAAGUGGUUUGUAAUGACAAGUUUAACGAUGACGGUUACAGAACAGUGGCCCAGGGCACCAAGAAAGAAGGCUGUACCAUCUUGUUUAUGAUGCUGUACUUUUUCAGCAUGGCAAGUUCUAUCUGGUGGGUCAUCCUGGCCUUGACUUGGUUCUUGGCAGCAGGGAUGAAGUGGGGGCAUGAAGCUAUUGAAGCCAACUCGCAGUAUUUUCACUUAGCAGCAUGGGCUGUACCAGCUAUCAAGACCAUCACUAUUUUGGCAGUGGGGCAGGUGGAUGGUGACGUCCUCAGCGGGGUGUGCUUUGUGGGGAUCAAUAAUGUGGAUGCCCUAAGAGGAUUUGUCCUGGCACCCCUCUUUGUCUACCUUUUUAUUGGCACCUCGUUUCUGCUGGCAGGCUUUGUUUCACUGUUUCGGAUCCGAACAAUAAUGAAACACGAUGGCACCAAGACUGAGAAGCUGGAGAAACUCAUGGUUAGGAUAGGCAUUUUUAGCGUCCUCUACACUGUCCCUGCUACUAUCGUCAUUGCUUGCUAUUUUUAUGAACAAGCCUUUCGGGAACAGUGGGAGAAAAGCUGGCUUAGCCAGACCUGCAAGGCCUAUGCGAUCCAUUGCCCGCCCAACAACUAUCCACACAUGACUCCAGACUUCACAGUCUUCAUGAUUAAAUAUCUCAUGACCUUGAUUGUGGGGAUCACCUCAGGGUUUUGGAUUUGGUCAGGUAAAACACUAAAUUCUUGGAGGAAAUUUUACACAAGACUGGCGAAUAGCAACCAAGGGGAAACAACAGUGUAAAAACAAUUGUAUUGUUAAGCCGUUUUCUUGUUUUUUUUUAAACAAACAAUAUAUUUCCUUUUUUUUCUUCUUGGAGAUGUGACAGACUGUCGUUUUAUACUGUAUGUUUUGUUGUAAAUAGCAUCUGUAAGAUUUUUGUAAGUAUAUAUUUCUAUUUAAAAAAAAAAAGAACAUGAAAACUCACUUUCAAUGUGAUUUGUAAAAAAAAAAAAAAUUUAAACAGAUAUUGAAUACUUUCUACACUAUCCGAUCAAGUCAUAUUACUAGUUGUUCCAACUGCUUGGAGCUGAUGCGCGCGUACAAAAGCAGGGCAUAAGUCAAACUUCAAAGUUGAUCAUUGUGCCUACCAGCAUGACUGUCUCACAGUUUAAAAAAAAAAAAAAAAAAAAAAAAAAAAAAACAGGUCUUAAUAUGGACCUGGAGGAACCGAUUAUUAUUAGUAGUAUUAAUAAUCUUGCAAAGGACUAGUUCUUCCUGUGGGUCCUAAUGCCAUCUGAUGUAAAAUGCUGAAGCAUGUUUUAAGUCAUUUAAAAUAAGUGAAAGGCUGCUUGGAAGAGAGGUCAGUAUGUAUGUAUAUGUGCAUUUUAAGAAACCAUUCACAGGAGUGAGACAUUAUACUUCAGUAUACUUUUGAGAUGGGGGUAAUUUAAUUUACAAAUCAACUAUAUGCUGCACGGUUUAUAACUUAUCACAAAGCCUUCUGCAACAGAACAUUGGAUUCACAUGCUUAGGGUUCUAUCAAAUGUACAGGCAAAAAAAAAAAAAAAAAAAAAACAA